AUGCCGCCAAGAAUAAUAACUCUCCGCCACGCGCAGGGCGAGCACAAUGUCGACAACAAGUUCUGGAUUCGCGAUGCCAAACUCACCCCCACUGGCCUCUCCGAAUGUGCAGAAGUAGCACGCACGUUCCCAUUCCACGCAGAUGUGGAUCUGGUCGUGUCCAGCCCGCUUCGACGCACGAUUCAGACAACUGUGCAUUCGCUGUUCCCGAUUCUACGGCGUCAGGGAUCCGAUGGGACGCGAAAGAAGGUUCCCUUCAUCCUUCAUCCUGCAGCACAGGAAGUCAGUGGUCGGGCGUGUAAUUUGGGGAGUGAGAGGGCGCAGUUGGAGAGUGUGAUGAGAGGGUGGUUUUCAGGUGCUGGCAAGGACGGAGACGAGACUGAGAAUACAGAGCGGAUUUGGAAUCGAUGUGGGUUGGGAGAGCCUGGGAGGGUUGAUUUUGGGCUGGUUGGGGAGGGAUGGUGUGAUAAGACAGGAUUCUCCUCGCCAGACCCGAAAGCCGUGGAGGAGCGGGCUGCGAGUCUGAGGAGGUGGCUGUAUCAGCGGCCGGAGAAGUUGAUCGUCCUAGUAACGCACGGCGCCUUCCUGCACUACUUCACGCAAUCCUGGGAAGGCAUCAGUGCUGAACGAGGCAGUGCGUUCAAGAACUGUGAGUGGAGGGAGUACAACUUCUCGGAUGAUUCGAGCAGCGAAGCGGCACGAAUUGUUGAGACGGAUGCGUCACGAAAGAGGAGAGGGGUCACUGCGGAUGGUCAACAAGAAGGUGAUGGGUCGGGUGAGACGUCGAGGGAGAUCGAAGGUGGAGUUGCUGUGAGGGAGAAAGGUGGCGUUUGGCGGGUUAGGAGCUCGCUUUGA